CUGGGUCUGUCCAUGCAGUCUUCAGAUGUGUUUAAAUUGACAACCAUUUUCAAAGAGACAGCACUUAUCAGCACUAAUCUUAUUGUUCUUCGGCUUUGAUUUCAUUUCUGUAAUAUCAUUUCCCCCAUAUAUAUAUUAAUUUGUGUCCAUUCCAAUUAUCACUUGCUGCUUCUCCCUCACUACAUGAGACCUUAGAGUUUUUAUUUCUGCAUCUGUAUAUGACGUGGCAUUGAGUAAGGAGCCACAGCCCUUUAAAUAAUUGAUCCACGCGUCACCCAACAUAUGAGGUUUGAAAAACCAGACAGACCUCUUGUCUCUGUCACCCAACACCCACUAAACCUGUUUGAUACGCAUGAGUCCAUGAGUGAGCCUGAGCUAUGUGAGACACAUUUUGAGUACUUAAAAUUUGGAUGUUAGAAAUGUGGUGACAACAUUACAGACUAAUUAAUACAUCAGGCAACAUUAUUGCUUGUGUGAGGUGAGCUAUUUAAUGCUAAAGGCGUGAGCCUCUCUCAGCUGGGCAGAACUACACUGCGGGGGGCUGCUACACUGGAGCAGUGUCAGCAGUAGCAGGUCACAGAGACCAACUGUCAAGAAGGAGACAGGGAUAAGGAGCCGUUUCCAUCAGCCUGUUGGAUUACAAAAUAUCAUUUUAGCUUGAAAGCCACGGUCGCGCCACCGCCUGUCGAGUUAGUACAAGCCUUGCAGUUCAAACUUGCAACAUCAGCAGCGAAGUAGUUGUUAGCCGCCGCCUGCCUCUCCUGCCAGCCGGUUAGCCCCCUUGCUAGGAGCAGUAGCAGCUAAUCUAGUUUAGCUAGCUAGCUGUCGGCAGCCUGGCUACCGGGGAAGAGUUUCUAAGAUGAGGCUGAAAGUAGGGUUUCUGCUACGGAGUUUGCUCGUCAUUGGGACUUUUCUUGGGUUGGUGUUGCUCUGGUCUUCUCUGUCACCGAAGCCCAACGACGACAACCCCUUUGGAAAACGGGAUGAAGGUGUGCUGCCCAAAGGAGACUUAGCAGACCAGUUUAAGCCUGUGGUGCCCUGGCCUCAUGUGGAAGGGGUGGAGGUCGACCUCAGCUCCAUUAGACUCAAACAUGGAGGGGCCAACAACCCCCAGAACCCUGACCAGCAGCCCAACCAGAAGCAGGUGAUCCAGCAGCAGUAUGUGACAUUCAAACCCCACACACAAGCCUACACCAGCCCCAUCCUGAAGAAAGGUAUCCUGGGUAACUUUGAGCCCAAGGAACCUGAGCCUCAUGGGGUCCCCAACGGUCCUGGGGAGGUCGCCAAGCCUUUUGUCCUGGGUCCGGAGUACAAAGACUCCAUCCAGGCGUCCAUCAAGGAGUUUGGCUUCAACAUGGUGGCAAGUGACAUGAUCUCACUGGACAGAUCCAUCAGUGAUCUUCGCCACGAAGAGUGUAAAUACUGGCAUUAUGAUGACAGACUGAUGACCUCCAGUGUGAUCAUAGUCUUCCACAAUGAAGGCUGGUCCACGCUGAUGAGAACCGUCCACAGUGUCAUCAAGAGGACUCCCAGGAGGUACCUGGCUGAGAUAGUCAUGAUAGAUGACUUCAGCAACAAAGCCCAUCUGAAGGAGCGUUUGGAGGACUACAUCAAGCAGUGGAAUGGUCUUGUGAAACUCUUCAGAAAUGACAAGAGGGAAGGACUGAUCCAGGCCAGGAGUAUAGGAGCCAAGAAGGCCACUAAAGGACAGGUGCUUAUCUACCUGGAUGCUCAUUGUGAGGUUGGAAUCAACUGGUAUGCUCCACUGGUUGCUCCGAUUUCAAAAGACAGGACAGUAUGUACAGUACCACUGAUAGACUAUAUAGACGGUAAUGAGUACACUAUGGAGCCCCAGCAGGGUGGAGAUGAGGACGGCCUGGCUAGAGGAGCAUGGGAUUGGAGCCUGCUCUGGAAGAGAGUACCACUUAGCCAGAGAGAGAAGGCCAAGAGAAAACAUACCACCCAGCCCUACCGGUCUCCAGCCAUGGCAGGUGGUCUCUUUGCUAUAGAGAGAGACUUCUUCUUUGAGCUGGGUCUGUAUGAUCCUGGACUGCAGAUAUGGGGAGGAGAGAAUUUUGAAAUAUCAUACAAGAUCUGGCAGUGUGGUGGCCAGCUGCUCUUUGUACCCUGUUCUCGUGUGGGCCAUAUCUACAGACUACAGGGAUGGCAAGGCAACCCUCCACCUGCACAUGUUGGGUCAUCACCCACCCUGAAGAACUAUGUUCGUGUGGUGGAGGUAUGGUGGGAUGAAUAUAAGGACUACUUCUACGCCAGUCGUCCAGAAACUCUCACUCUAGCCUACGGAGACAUCAGUGAGCUGAAACACUUCAGGGAGGAACAUCGAUGCAAGAGCUUCAAGUGGUUCAUGGAGGAAAUAGCGUAUGACAUUCCCCUGCAUUACCCUCUGCCCCCUAAAAAUGUAGAAUGGGGAGAGAUCCGAGGCUUUGAGACAAGUUACUGUAUUGACAGUAUGGGACACACCAAUGGAGGCAAUGUGGAAAUAGGACCGUGCCACAGGAUGGGUGGCAACCAGUUGUUCCGUAUCAAUGAAGCCAACCAGCUGAUGCAGUACGACCAGUGCCUGACCAGAGGGAGUGAUAACUCAGCUGUCAUCAUCACACACUGUGAUCAGAACCAGCACACUGAGUGGAAGUACUUCAAGAAUCUCCAUCGGUUCACCCAUGUACCAACAGGGAAAUGUCUGGACCGCUCCGACCUGCUCCACAAGGUCUUCAUAUCAGACUGUGACACCAGUAAAACCACUCAGAAGUGGGAGAUGAACAACAUAGUGGCUGUCUGAAGACUGAGCAGCACGCACAAAGAAAACCACUGGGAGCUCGGAGAGGAACAUGUUGACUGUAUGAGGACACGCCCACACCAAGAAACACAUCCAUACUAUGAGUUUACAGAUACAUCAAGCUGAUACUGUCCUUUAAAGAAAUAAUGUUUUGAUAUGAGCCACUCAGUGUCAGUUUAAAGAUACUGAGUAUCACCAGCUUCAACCCAAAACCGUUGGUUGGUGCUGUUGGUUCACACAGUCAUGCAUUAUACAGACACAUAGACACUCCAGAUGGUAGAAGAAGAACUGGUUUGUGUGGAGCCUGAAGUUGCUCGUCCUCCAAAUCACCUGAACACUGAACUGAAGACAUGUUGGGCGCCAUCUCUGUCUUUCAUUGUGGUUUUGUUUACACUGUGUCUCUCUAUUGGUUCUUUUUGGGCUCUCAGGUCUUUUCUAAACCACUGCAUUGAUUUCUGAAAUUAAUCACAUCAGCACUGACUAUUGAACAGUCGCACUCUUAUUAGACCUUUUCAGUCAAACUGAUUAGCUCACCUACCAAAGAGUCCUUUAAGUUGGUGAAGGAUUCAAUGAAACAUCAGCGCGUUUAGCCAGGUGACGUGUCUGUACAUACGCUGGCUGGUGUAAUGCUUGCUGUCAUAUACAAGUAAGAUAAAGGGGAUAGUUUGGGUUUAUUGAAGUGGGGCUGUGUGAGGUACUUUUCCAGAGUCAAUGUAUCACGUACAGUAGUUGGCAGUCAGCGUGCUCCCUGUUUGGAGAACCAGAUAGGACUUGCACCCCAGACGAACAGCAAUGAAUUUCUGCGGAUGAAAAUGUUGAAAUAAAAAAAAUAUAUAUAAUAAAAAAAGGCCUACCUAUAAACAUCAAAAUCAUUCUAAGAGGAUGCUAUAUUUACAGUAUUUUAACCACUUCACCUUGCUGUCAGACAGCCCGUUCCUUUGGCGCUACAUUUUCUCAACCGAAUUACUUCCAUCUUCCUGUGCAAAAGUGCGAAACUGUACUAUGCACUGUAUAACGCUGCAGGUCAGCUGUUCAGAUCAGAGAGUGCUGUUGCGCGAUCCGACUGAAACAACUUUUCAAAGAUGGUGUGAGCUUGUUUUUCGGAGCUGUUCAAACAAACAGUUGAAAACAGCUGUGACUAGUUGCACUGAAUAUAGACGUUAACACUCCACCUGCAAGACUGAGACACCUCAGCAUUUGCGGUAACAUUUCUCUCGAUCAUUAUGUAAAACCACCACUAAAUGAGCAAGAGACAUUUUGUGAGGAGCACUGCUGUACUGAACUAUCGGGUAAGAUUACACUAAAUACCUACAAAUAAAUUUAAACUUGCCAAAUAGCCAGUAAAACGUGAAGCACUGGAAUCCUCUGAGUCACAAAGAUCCUGAGGUUGUUGUAUAACCAUGUCCAGACAGCAGUAGCUUUUUAGAUCAGUAAGCAUGCAUUUUACAGUUCAGUGAGCUUCUGCUUUCUGCUUCUGCUCUUUAUGGGCCUCCCGUUCCCACUGAAGUUUCUCUUCACUCUCUUUAUCGGCCUAUUCAGUCUCCCUCCGCAGACGUUCUUCCUUUUGUAUACUCUGGUUCGUAAAGUUAUAAUUUUGUCUCCACAGUGAGGGUAUUUCAUUGUUGCUGCCAUAAUCGUCCCGGAUUUUUUUUGUGUUAUUAUAUUUGUUGUCUCCUUACAAACCGUUGCAUUGUGCUUUUGCGUAAGAAUAUUAAAGUUAUAUGGUUGGGAAAAUGUAGUGCUAAAUGAAAGGGCUGUCUGACAGCAAGGUAAAGCAGUGAAAAAAAUCUUAAUAUAGUGUCUGCUUUAACUGAUGCUGACAUUUGUAGGUAUGCCUUUAUUUAAGUGGCUAAAAUAAGAUUUGCUUCUGGUGUGCCAGUGCCAUCUGGUCCUACAAACGGAGCGUGCCAACCGCCAUCUACUCUAUGUAAUACACUGACUAUCGAUAAGUAUCUCAUGCAGCCACACUUCAAAAAUCCGAACUAUCACUUUAAGACGGCAUUUAGGCUGGAGUCGUGCGAUAAAAUAGGAUGUCAAAAACUAAGCAUUUAUUGGAUCUGUCAAAGAAAGAACACUCAGGUGAGCCAAAUCUUUGUCACAGAGGAAUCACGUGAAAGUGGUUGACUCGGUGGUGUCACAGCGACAAACAUGAGCGUGAAAGUCGUGGCUUGUUUUAUCUAUGUAAACAAUCAACAUGUAGAGAUGACAAACUGUUUCUGCUCGGCCCUGUUCAGUCAUCUGCUUCCUAAAGAGCCAACACGCCAAUUUCGUCAUGCCAGUCAAACUACAUGAACUUUCCUCCGGAGCCAAACCUGACAAAGGUGGAGAGGCUGUCCAGAGAGAGAUGUACGUAACGCUCCUAUAGGCACAUGCUGAACAGGCUCAAACUGACACUGACAUAUUCUAAUAUUGAACUGUAUGUGUUUGUUCUUCACAUUUGCACUCCACACUCUGUGAAAGGCGCUUUUAGUGUCACUGAUAAAGGGACACUGUUAGGUUGAAGAUAAUACAGUAAUCUAACAGGCUUAAAGGGACAGUUCACCCCAAAAAUUAAUUAUACAUAUUUUUCCUCUUAAGCUGGGCAUACCCAUGAUUUGACCUGGUUUUAGAGAUGUUUAAUUCCAGCUCCCUGUGUAUGAGUAUAUCAUCUGAGACGUAAAGCCAAAGCUCAUGAUUUAUGGAAAGACACAUUGCUGUUGAGUUUGUCAAAUGUAUUUUGUCAGCGCUUCAAGCACCACAAAUCGAGUGCCAACUAGUUCCAUUAUAUUUGAGAGAAGGCAGAAAUCUCUACAGCCGGUAUCUCCAACACUCUGCAACUCACACCUAAACAAUCUAGAUUGAUGAAUAGCACUACAGGUAAGAGAACAAAUAUGUAUUUUUGAUUUGAGGGUGAACUGUCCCUUUAAUUUGACUAAUGAAUUAGAAGAAUUUAAUUCACCACACUGUUAUUAAAAGCUUGACCAGGACAAAAAGAAACUUAUGAAGAUGAAAAUAUACAUAAAGCUUCAUACAGCGUUAGAUUCUCUAAACCAUCUCUAAGUGCAUUCCCAGUGCCAUGACUGAAACCAUCCCAUCUAGAAGAUGCUUCAAAUGCACAGUAGCAUGAAUAUAAGUGACUUGACUUUCUGUUGUUCAAUUUGAUUGGUUAUCUUUUACUUCUAUUAAUUUCCAUAGGCUUGAAUUCAUUCUCAUCACUUCCUACAGACACUGAGAUGCUUUAGAGGAACUUAAAUACGUUACGGUGAGCUCACAGUUGGGAGAAGUUUUCCCAGAGGGCUUUCUGCCAGAAAGAGAUUUAUUGGUUAUUGGUUAAAAAAAAAUGUUGUGUUUUGGGUUAAAAUGAAUAGAUUUCUGUCAGAAAAUGGCUUUCUGGGAGAAAGCCGACACGGAAAACUUGUCCCAUGUGUGGUGAGCACAUCUUUAAGAACAGACUGAGGACUUGUGAACUGCCUGCCUUACUGACAGUCUUGAUGAGUAAUUCAGUAGCUGACCAGUUGUCUGUGACUUUAGUAACUGCCUGUCUGAAAAUGAAAAAACAAACAAACACUGGGUUGUUGGGCUGGGGAGUGAAACCAGUGAGAAAUACACGUGUGGUGGGGGAAACGGCGAAUGAAGAAAAUGUGGGUGCUUUUUUGGUAUGUUAAAGGGGAAGAGGGUCUGGUGUAUGGAUGAUCAUGUAUGCAAUGUUUUGUACAAUGUAAAUAGAUUUUCUUUGUAAAGACGAUCACGAUGCAUUUUCUGAAGGGCCUUGAAUGAUGUUGUAAAUAUCUAACUUAUAGCAGAAAUUUAAUAAUAUGGACUGAGUGGUGGGUGACGGAGCAAAUAAAAGACCUGAUUUUUACUACUA